AUGCAUGAACUAGGUGACUUCCCAAGAGAGAUUCUUGAAAUUUCUUUGGGUUAUAUGCCCAGUGAUACUUUGAUAACAUUGCUUGAUAUUCCACAAGUUGAAACUUUAGCUAGAAGAUUACUUUACACAACCAUUAGAAUAGGGGGCAAGUUUUAUGAUAGAAGACUUCUCGAAGAUGACGAAGAUGACGACUAUGAUGAAGAGGACUAUGAAGACAGAAUCAAAAGCAAAUAUUUGAGAGUCGGUCAUCGACCACAAAUUAUUGAUGGAAUUCCUGUAUUGAAAAGUGCCAUGGAAUACUAUCAUUUGAGAAAGUCAAACCCUAAUGUGAGACCAUCAAAGUUGAUUUUUGAUGAUGUCAUGACUGCCGUUCUGAUAGCACAUACAUCACCAGAGAUUUUGGAGAAUACUCACAUAGAAUUGAUAUUCACUCCUGAUUUCAACUUCUCGCUCUUCUGUAGUGAGUACAAGAGGGCACCUUUCACGGUUUCAUCACUUGUUAAUUUUGAUCCUUGUGAAGAGAAUCGUGAUUUGGAUCUUUUUAGAAAUGUGACAUCAUACACUAGUACAUCAAAACGUGAUUUUAAGAUGGAUAUGAGAGACCUUUUACCUCGUUGGUUUCCUAACCUUAAGGAGUUGAAAAUCGAACAACAACUUACACUCGCUCACAUUGCUAUGUUACCAAAACAAAUAACAAGUUUGUCGUUAUAUAUACAUCUUGAUGGUACUGAAUCUAAUGGAGCAUUAAAGUUAGGAUUACCGCAACUGUUAGAAGACUUGAAAAUUAAAGUAGUUAAUGAAACUUCAAAUAUGAUGCAUAUUGAUAUAUCUCAUCUUCAGCUUAACAGCUUAAUUAUUGAUGGGUGUUCAAAGUUUAGGUAUGGUGACGGAGGUUUGAAAUGGUUGGUUCCUUCAUUGAGAAAAUUGUCCUAUGAUGCAAGUCAUUUUAUGGCCAAGCCUCUUAAACACAUGUGCCCCCAACUACUUGAAUUAAAUGUGGGAAGUAUAAAUGGAGAAUCUUCGGUUCCUGGAAAUUAUUUGAACAAUUUACCUUCUUCUUUAGUUGCUCUUAUGGUUCCGGCAAAUGCCUUUAAUUAUCCUAAAAUGGAAACAAAGAAACAAAAGUUUGAGUCAGCAAAUCUACCAUCUAACUUGAGAAAAUUAGAAUUAACUGGGCGUCCAUAUGGAAAUGAUGGAGCAUAUAUUGAUUUUGAAAUGAACAAGUUGUGCAACUUAACGACCUUAUCCAUUAUUGAUGUUCCAGAAAUCAGUAUUUGUGGUAGUCUCCCACCUUCUAUAACAAGUUUGACUCUUCAUCUGGUCAAGUCGUUUGGUUUCAAUAUGUUGCAGCAUUUACAUAUGUUAAGAGAUCUUGAAAUAAAGAGAAGUGAUAAGUCAUCAUCAAACUUCAACUAUAAGCUACCACAAUCAUUAACAAGUCUUAAGAUUUCAUACUGUGAUUUAAAGGCAAUAAAUAUAGAUGCGCCUAAACUAGAACUGUUGGUAAUUGAUGGAGAGGAAAUUCAAUCAUUGACAAAAUCAAACUUUAGAAUUCCAGGUAAUCUCAAGAAGUUGCGAGUUUCUAAUUCUAAAGUAAGAGAGAUCUUGAUUGAUUUUCCUACAACUUUGAAAGAGUUGGAUUUGUCUCAGAAUAGUCUCGGGAUUUUUGGUAGAGGUAAGAAAGCAUCAUCUUUUCCAGUAGGAUUGGAAAUUCUUGAUUUAUCACACAACAAUAUUAGUGAUGAAUGGAUCCGAAGACUGAACUUAUUGGAAUUAAACCAUUUGAAAUCUUUGUAUUUGGGACACAAUAGAUUGGUUUACUUGGUUCCAGAGUUUUUACCUUCUUCGUUAGUUGCAUUAGAUGCAUCUAAUAAUGGAGUGAUUGCAUUUGCGGAUUUUGAUAAUACCCCAAAUCUUGAACAAUUAGAUUUAUCAUUUACUAAAUUAUCUGGAUUCUUGUUGCAAUUAAAAGGAAAAGAUAAGGAUUUGCCUGAAUCUAUUAAAUUUGUUAGUAUUCAAGGUUUUGGAUUAUCUUAUGAAGAAGUUGAGGUUUUCUAUAAUAUUCUUGCUAAGAAACCAAAUUUUGAAUACUUAAAUCUGUAUGAAGCACCUAUCGAUGCGCUGAUGGUAUUAGGAAAGGGAGCAAAGUUGUCAAAAGUGGGACUCUUGGGUGGACCAGGUGGUUUUAUCUCCGUGAAUUAA